AUGAGGCCCUCAGGCUCUCUCCUCCCCGCACAUCCUUUCAGUCAGACUGCCCCCGAGCAGCCAUCCUGUCAGUCAGACUGCCCCCGUGGCAGCCACCUUCAGUCAGAACUGGCCCCCGUGUCAGUGAAAGCGUCCGGGGGACGGGGCUCCGGGGGACGGUGGUCCCAGGGACGGGGUCCAGGGGACAGGAGGGGGAGCAGUUUGUGCAAGAAGAUCGGAGGAGUGUUUGCCUUCAGAGUCGGGACGGUCCAUAGGCACGAGAGGGCGACGUGGUACGUGGACGUGAAGAACGGCAAAGGCACAGUACACAACAACACGGGUAAAGCUGAGAACACUGGGAACAUGGGGAUGGCCAUGAAGCCUCCAGAGCCCCAGCCUGGAGGGCCGGGGAGCGUGCCAAGCUGUCUCUACGGGACAAACUGCACAUCUACCUGCUCCUGUCAGAACCACAUCUCCUGCUCCCACAUCGACGGUUCCUGUCUCUGCAGAGAAGGCUGGCAGGGUGUGGACUGCACCCUGUCCUGCUCCAGUGGUUCCUGGGGGCUCUACUGUAACAACUCGUGUGUGUGUGAGAAUGGAGCUGACUGCGACCCGGUGAACGGGACAUGUGUGUGCGCGCCUGGCUGGAGAGGAGAGCUCUGUAGUCUACCCUGUCCCGAGGGGAGCUUUGGUCGAGAGUGUAGAGAGACCUGUGACUGCGUGAAUUCUGAGAGCUGCAAUCCAGAGACAGGACACUGCCGCUGCCUCGCCGGGUGGACAGGUUAG